AAAAAUCAUUCAAACCUAAUAUCAAAUCUGCGAGCAAUGAACGAGCCAUUGUUUACAGUGACGGAGCUGCCCGCAAGUCUGGCCGACAGCAGUGAGGAGAGUAAAGAUGAGACGCCGGUAAACCCGUCUGCACCGAGAAGUAGAAAAAAAGGCACCGUGGAGCUCAAUCCUCCAAAUAUUCAUAUAGAACCGCCUCCCCCAUCUUCAAAGUCACCCAGUAUGAGACGUUACCUCACACCACAAUUAAGUGAUGCUUCACAAAAAGAGAGGGAAAGAAUGGGUGUGAAAAAGAAGUCCAAUAGAUUAAGUACAGGUAAGACCCUAGGUGCUGGGUUAAGCCUAGGACAUCUUACUGAGAUACCAUCUGAAUAUAGUAAUGAGGGAGGUAGUGAAUCAUCUACAUUAGUUGGACAUCAUGUCUCGACCGAUGUUAACUCGUGGUGGAAGGAACAACUGUUUGUCCCCGAUAAACGUGAGUGAAGGAACCCGAGGUGGAAAGAGUAACUGUUUGUCCUGGACAUAUAUGAAAAAAGGAACAAUUGGAAGGAGUAAAUCCUUCCAUUAAUCAAAAAAUGCAUCAAAGCAAUCUAAUAAGGUGAUAUAUGAGUUACUAGAAACACCAACAUUGUGUUCAUUUAUUG